AUGGGUAAAAAAGCAAUCGAUGCCCGUAUACCGGCUCUUAUAAGGAAUGGUGUUCAACUGAAGGAAAGAAGUUUUUUCUUUAUUGUGGGUGAUAGAGCUCGUAAUCAGUUACCAAACUUGCAUUAUUUAAUGAUGUCUGCCGACUUAAAGAUGAAUAAAUCAGUGUUGUGGGCUUAUAAAAAGAAAUUGUUAGGAUUCACUUCUCAUAGACAAAAGAGAGAAGCCAAGAUCAAGAAAGAUGUUAAAAGAGGUAUAAGAGAAAUCAACGAACAAGAUCCAUUUGAAGCUUUUAUAUCGAAUCAAAAUAUUAGAUAUGUCUAUUAUAAAGAAACUGAAAAAAUCUUAGGUAAUACCUAUGGUAUGUGUAUCUUACAAGAUUUUGAAGGUCUUACUCCUAAUUUAUUGGCCAGAACUAUUGAAACAGUAGAAGGUGGAGGUUUAGUGGUUAUAUUAUUGAAAUCCAUGACAUCUUUAAAACAAUUAUAUACUAUGACUAUGGAUAUUCAUUCAAGAUAUAGAACCGAAGCACAUGACGAUGUUGUUGCCAGAUUCAAUGAAAGAUUCUUAUUAUCAUUAGGAUCUUGUGAAAAUUGUUUAGUUGUUGAUGAUGAGUUAAAUGUUUUACCUAUUUCAGGUGGUAAGCACGUCAAGGCAUUACCCCCACAAGAUGACGACGAACUCACUCCUAAAGCACAAGAAUUAAAGGAUUUGAAGGAAAAUCUUGCUGAUGUUCAGCCUGCAGGUUCUUUGGUUGCUUUAACCAAGACAGUCAAUCAAGCACAAGCAGUGUUAACUUUUGUAGAUGUUAUUUCAGAAAAAAGUUUAAGAAACACAGUAACUUUGACUGCUGGUAGAGGUAGAGGUAAAUCAGCUGCUCUUGGUAUUGCUAUUGCUGCUGCAGUUUCUCAUGGAUAUUCCAACAUCUUUGUUACUUCUCCAUCUCCAGAAAAUUUAAAAACCUUGUUUGAAUUUAUCUUCAAAGGUUUUGAUGCAUUAGGUUAUUCUGAGCAUUUAGAUUAUGAUAUCAUCCAAUCUACCAACCCAUCAUUCAAUAAAGCCAUUGUAAGGGUUGAUGUGAAAAGAGAACAUAGACAAACCAUUCAAUAUAUCUCCCCUAAUGACAAUCAAGUUUUAGGUCAAGCUGAAUUACUUAUUAUUGAUGAAGCUGCCGCUAUUCCACUUCCAGUAGUCAAAAAAUUAAUGGGUCCAUAUUUGAUUUUUAUGGCUUCAACCAUCAAUGGUUAUGAAGGUACUGGUAGAUCAUUAUCAUUGAAAUUAAUCCAACAAUUACGUAAUCAAUCAAAUGCCGAUUCUGAUAACAAUGAUACUGUUGUUGUCUCAAGAGGUAAGAAUUCAAAUUAUGAACCUGAAGUACGUGGUAGAAAAUUACGUGAAGUUGUUUUAGAUGAACCAAUCAGAUAUGCUCCAGGUGAUCCUGUUGAAAAAUGGUUAAACAAAUUGUUAUGUUUAGACGUUUCAUUGUCUAAGAAUGCCAAAUUUGCAACUAAAGGAACUCCACAUCCUUCACAAUGUAAUCUUUUCUAUGUUAACAGAGAUACUUUGUUUUCUUAUCAUCCAGUUUCAGAAGCAUUCUUACAAAAAAUGAUGGCUCUUUAUGUUGCAUCACAUUAUAAGAAUUCUCCUAAUGAUUUACAAUUAAUGAGUGAUGCUCCAGCACAUCAAUUAUACGUUCUUUUACCACCUAUUGAAGAUGGGGACAAUAGAAUCCCUGAUCCAUUGUGUGUGGUUCAACUUGCAUUAGAAGGGGAAAUUUCCAAGGAAAGUGUUCGUAAAUCAUUAUCUCGUGGUCAAAGAGCAGGUGGUGAUUUAAUCCCAUGGUUAGUUUCUCAACAAUUCCAGGAUGAUGAAUUUGCGUCAUUAUCAGGAGCAAGAGUUGUUAGAAUUGCUACUAAUCCAGAGUAUUCUGGUAUGGGUUAUGGUUCAAGAGCUCUUGAAUUUUUACAAGAUUACUUUGAAGGGAAAUUCACUGAUAUUAGUGAAUCUAAUGUUUUAGAUGAUCACACUAUUACUAGAGUUUCUGACAAAGAGUUAGCCAACGCCUCAUUAAAAGACGAAAUUAAACUUAGAGAUGCUAAGACAUUACCACCUUUAUUAUUAAAAUUAUCUGAAAGACCGCCUUACUUCUUACAUUAUUUGGGUGUUUCAUAUGGUUUAACCCCACAAUUACACAAGUUCUGGAAAAGAUCCGGAUUCGUGCCUGUUUAUUUAAGACAAACUGCUAAUGAACUUACAGGUGAACAUACCUCAGUCAUGAUUAAAACCUUGGAAGGAAGAGAAAGUGGAUGGUUGAAAGAAUUUUCUAAAGAUUUUCAUAAAAGAUUUUUAGAAUUAUUAUCUUACGAAUUUAAGAAAUUCUCUGCUGUUCAAUCUUUAAAUAUCAUUGAAGCAACUGGUUUCGAAGAAACUAGCAAGAAACUUGAUCGUACUUAUGUUGAUGAUUAUCUUACUCCAUUUGAUUUGAAACGUUUGGACUCUUAUGCUAACAAUUUGUUAGACUAUCAUGUGAUUGUUGAUAUGUUACCAUUCAUUUCACGUAUCUAUUUUUCCAAGAGGGUAGGAAGUGAAGUCAAUUUAUCAUCUGUCCAAGCUGCUAUUUUAUUAGCCGUUGGUUUACAACAUAAAGACAUGGAUCAAAUUUCAAGUGAAUUAAAUUUACCCUCCAAUCAAUCUAUGGCUAUGUUUGCUAAAAUUAUUCGUAAAUUUGCUGUUUAUUUCAGAAGUGUUUUGAGUAGAGCUAUUGAAGAACAAAUGCCUGCUUUAGAAGAUGAAGCUGUUAAGGAAAUGGAUGGAAACUCUGAACAUGUUGAUUAUGAUGCCAUUGAAAAAGAAUUAGAGGAUGAUUUGCAAGAAGCUGGUAAUGAGGCUAUAAAGGAAUUAAGAAUGAAACAAAAAGAGUUGAUUAAUGCCAUAAAUUUGGAUAAAUAUUCCAUAGCUGAUGAUGGUGAUUGGAAUGCCGCUGAAGAUUCCUUAAAAGCUGCUGCCAAAGGAAAAGGUGUGGUUAGUGUUAAAAGUGCUAAAAAGAGAAAAUCUACAAGUAAUGCUACUGAAAUCUAUGAAAGUGAAAUGAAGAGCGUUUCUAAAAAGCCAAAAAAGAGUCAAAAGCAAAAAUAA